GGAGGGGGUAAUUGCCGUGGAGAUUCUGACUCUUGUUGCAACGUAUUUGCAGUGGUGGGAUCGGAAGCAUGACGCACAUCUAUAUAUUCGUUGCCAUUCUGAACGUGAGCGUUGAAUGACAUUGACGACUGAUCGAAAGAUAGGAUUUGUCAUGCGAUUGGCAAUAGCUUUGGGCUAUGACAAGCCCUCGAAAGAGCAGGCAUGUAUACCUUUACAAAAUGCCCAUCGAGUGCGACUGUGGUGGACUAUAUAUGCUAAAUCGUCGCCUUUCCUCUGGACUAGGAUUCGCAGCUGGCGCGGAUGAGAGACAGUUACGCGCAGAGCUCCCUCGACCAGCGAUUGGGUUCCAAUCCCCAUUGGCCUUGACUAUCAAUAUCCGUAUUGCGCGUACCACAGAUCCUAUCAUGUCAUCUUUGUACUGGAAUGCAUCCAUCAGGCAGACAGAACUGGUGUCUCAAGUUCAAAAAGCGCUACACGAUCUCUACGACAUUGGACAAUGCUUUCUUCCUGCAUUGGCUCUCCAUUUCAGCCGACCUCUCCAAAUCAUGACCCGAGCCGGUGCCUCGCUUUAUCUGAUGCUAUUCCAGUCGAUUAUUCUAUGCAUCCGACCCAUCCUCCUACAUGCGACAGGGCGUUGAGACCAAAAAGUUCUCCAAAGUCCGUUUCCACAGUCUGAACCCGACUGUGUGAGACUUGCAACAAAGCCGCGGUCAAAAGCCUAGCAGUUUUAUA